AUGAAUUUGGAAGAGUACUUCAAAAGGAUUGGUUUCCAUGGCUCCUAUGAUAAACUGGAUCUUGCAACACUGAAGCUGAUCCACAGGCAGCACAUUAUGUCCAUUCCAUUUGAGAACCUAAGCAUCCACUGUGGAGAGAAAAUAAUCAUGGACCUUGAGGUUAUCUUCAAUAAGGUUGUGAGGGGUACCCGUGGAGGUUGGUGCUUUGAGAACAACUACCUAUUUAGCUGGGUGCUGAGACAAAUAGGCUAUGACACUACAACCUUGGGCUCCAGAGUUUUUAACACGAGUAUUAAUGAGUUUGAAUCCCAGGAAGUACAUCUCAUUAACAAGGUCAUCAUUGAUGGGAAUGCUUAUAUAGCAGAUGUAAGUUUUGGAUUAUCUGGCCAAAUACGGGAGCCCCUCGAGCUCAUCUCUGGAAAGGACCAGCCUCAGGAAGGAGGCGUCUUUCGCUUCAUAUGCAAGGACAAUUUGUGGAUGCUGGAGAAGACUGGCAGAAGGACGGAGGUUCCUAAUCCAGAUUUUGCCAAAUCAAGUCUGGUAAACCGGAAGGAGACGCGGCUGAUCCACUGCUUCAGCUUGGAGCCUCGUGAGCCAGAUCAUUUCUUUCAAGUCAACAAUGACCUCCAGACAGACCCCACCUCACUGUUCACCAACAAGUCCAUCUGCUCUUUGCAGACGCCCACAGGAUUCACAGCACUGGUUGGCUUGAUCUACAGUGAGGUCAUAUUUAAGCCAGAGGAAGGUGUUGAUCUCUAUAACAUGAAAAACAUAACGGAAGAUGAACUAGAGGCUGUGCUGAUGGAAAAGUUCAACGUGAAGCUGCAGAAUAAAAUGCAGGCUGUAAACAGAAGAGUAUUCCUUGAAUUUUAG